AUGUUCAAGCCUCAGGGAUCAACUGAGGUUACGUUGACGCCUGGCCCUGGUGGUUCAAAACGAACACUGAAGCUAAACUUGCAGCAGUUGCCGUUUGUCAACGCAAUUGCUUCGACAAUCUACAAGAUCCAAGGCGAGACAAUGGAAUCCCUUGUUGUCGCGGAUUGGAAAGCACGUGGCUCCAAGUUCAAUAAGGUUGUCAACACGUGCCAACAAGGAUACAUCGCCAUCUCCCGAUUGACCAAGCGUGAUGGGUUUUCAGCACUGAAGCCGAUCACGAAUGAGUGCAUCCGGUACUUUCAGCCGAGCAGCGACACGAUUGCAGAGAACUUGAGGCUCGAGAAACUGUUUGCGGUCUAUCUGUCCCGCAACGAAAACACUGCCGUAUUCAGCUCCGGUGAUUUCAACGCCUUGAAAACGACUCUACCAGCCUCAGAUGCAGUCGCUCCACUGGCCAAACGCAAGCUCUGUGUUUUGGAUCUCAUGGAGAGCACUCCCGCAACAAACAUGCUUUCAAUGGCUCAACUAAAGCGGAGUGUAUUGGAUCGCAUGGAGAAGAGCCCAUUUGAAGUUGCAAGGGCCCCACCAAAGUCAAGUGUUUUGGGGCUGAUGCAAUGA